CUAAGCCUUCUAGCUUCUUAAGGUUAGGCUAGGAAUACGCACAUUUUUGCACCAAAAAGAAAGAAGAAUAUAAUUAUUGAAGGAAAGCUAGAAUGGGAAACCUAAAAGAUGUGGCCUACCUUAUUGUUGUUGUUGUAUUAGUUUUUGGUGUUGAAUUGAGGCAGGAGGUGCAAGCGGAUUCACCUUGCACAAGGGUCUGCCCUAAGGAAUGCUUGCAUCAGAAAUCACAAGAUCCAGCGGCUUGUUAUUUCUCAUGUGUUCAACGUUGCACAAAAGGGGAGGAUGCAGAAACGCCUGUUCCCCAAGGAAUGAAAGAAGAAGCAAUCGGAAAGACGGUUCCAAGUGAGACGAAGAAUACUAUACCAACCAAAGACACUGGCGUCCUCAAGAACCUCAUCAUCAGCUCUUAUGAUACCAAGGCACCCAAGGACACAGCUGCGGCCAAACAACAUUAAUUAAUUAAUUCAAGUUCUUAAACAUAAUUAUAUUCUCAUAUCAAAUAUUGCAUGUUGUGCGAUUAAAUAACUGUUAAAUUGAUAAUGACAAAAAAUUUAGUAAAAUUAUUAAGAUAAAA